UUGUUGAGUUUCAGCAGCAGCUGUAGACAUGGCCCAGAGGAAAAAGAGGAAGUUGUCCGACUUUUCAUCUUCCAGCCCUUCUCCUCUGACGCCUGAACAGCCAGCCAGUAUUUGCAGUGAGCCAUCAGUCAGUUCACAGAGUGAGACUGAGUCCACUGCUCCCAGUCUUCUCUCUAUGAAGAGUGAUGUAUCCAAGUACCAACCACUCAAUUUUGGUGUUGGAAGUUCACAGCAGAGUGAAAGUGAGUCCACAGCUCCCACUCCUCUCUCUAUGAAGAGUGAUGUGUCCAAGUACCAACCACUCAAUUUUGGUACACAAAGUUCACAGCGGAGUGAGACUGAGUCCACAGCUCCCACCCCUCUCUCUAUGAAGAGUGAUGUGUCCAAGUACCAACCACUCAAUUUUGGUGGUGGAAGUCAGCUGACUGGGGAGCUGCCCAGCUGUUCAGUGUGUGAGGAGGAUUCGAGGGAUCCAGUCAAACUCACAUGUGGACACUGGUCAUGCAAACAGUGUCUGGGUUCAGACUGGGACCGGUCUGAUUUACCAGACUACCCCUGCCCCAAGUGUGGAAAGAAACUCAGAAAAGAUCCUGAACACCAGAAAGAUACAGAGGACACGGGUGACAGCCAUCUUUUGAAAGCAAAGAAGGAUUUUAAAGAGGAAAUGAAAAAGAAAUUUACUUUGACAUCUGAAGGUAACGGUGACCAAAAGAGUUCCCUGAACAGUAUCUACACAGAACUUUACAUCAGCACUGGGGAGAGUGAAGGGCCACAAGCAGAGCAUGAAUUCACGGACCUUGAGUAUAAAGUGAAAAGGCAGUCAUCAUUGGAACGUUCAGUCAACCUCUGUGAUAUCUUUGAGUCUUUGCCUGGCCAGGAGAAACCCCACAGAACAGUCCUGACGAUGGGUGUUGCAGGCAUUGGAAAAUCAUUUGCUGUGCAGAAGUUCAUUCUGGACUGGGCUGAUGAGAAAACAAACAGAGAUAUUGAUUUUGUUUUCUGUCUUACUUUCCGAGAGAUGAAUUUGAUUAAAGGUGACAAAAGCUUUCAAAAGCUCCUGACUGAAUUCCAUCCUGCACUCCGAAAUCUGAAAGAUUCAGAGGAUUACUUCAAAACCAAGGUUAUAGUGAUCCUGGAUGCCCUGGAUGAAAGCAGACUUCAACUGGACUUUGAGAACAUUAAGAUGGUGUCGUCGGUCACUGAAGUAACAUCUUUGGAUAAUCUCCUAGCAAACCUCAUCAAGGGUAACCUUCUUCCUGAUGCAAAACUCUGGAUAACUUCCCGUCCAGCAGCAUCCAAUCAGAUCCGGGCAAAGUAUGUUGACCUGGUGACAGAGAUAAGAGGGUUCAAUGACCCACAAAAAGAGGAAUACUUCAAAAGAAGAUUUGAGGAUGACUCAAAUCUUGCUGAGAGGAUCAUUUCACAUAUUAAGGAUUCACAGAGUCUUAUCAUCAUGUGUAAGAUCCCGAUCUUCUGCUGGAUUUCUGCAGUAUUAUUCCAGGAAGUCUUCAGGGGAGAUGAAAAAGCUGAAAUUCCUCAAACUGUCACAGAGAUGAUGGCACAUUUCCUGAUUUCUCAGACGAAACGCAGAAGCAGAAAAUAUGACAAGAAGACUGAGAAAAACAAAGAGAGACUUCUGAAAACACACAGAGAAUUUCUCCUGAAACUGGGCAAGCUUGCUUUUGUUCAUCUGCAGAAAAACAGCCUCAUCUUCUACAAAGAAGACCUGGAAGAAUGUGGCAUUGACAUAAAAGAAGCAUCUAUCUACUCUGGAUUUUGUGCUGCAGUUCUUAGGGAGGAAGAAGUCUUUUCCCAGAGAAAGGUUUUCCUCUUUGUCCAUCUGACCAUACAGGAGUUCUUCGCAGCUCUCUACGUCUAUGACUGCUUCACAAACAAGAAUACAGCAGAGCUCAGCAACUUCCUUGAUGUGAAGGAAAAAGAACAUACCUUACUUGAUCUUCUGAAGAUGACAGUUGACAAAGUGCUGGAGAAGAAGAACAGCCACCUGGCCUACUUCUUGCGAUUCCUUCUCGGCCUCAUGGUUGAACCCAACCGAAGAGUCCUUCAAGGUCUGCUGACAUCGCUGGACCCAAGCCAAGAUACUGACAAGAAAAUCUUGACUUACCUCAAAUCCAUCAGAAGGAAGGCACUUUCUCCAGACAGUUGUAUUAGCCUCUUCCAGACCAUGGUUGAAAUGAGAGACCAUAAAGUCAAAGAUCUGAUUCAGGAAUAUCUCACAUUGACAGAUCAUUCACAAACAGAGCUGACUCCCCUGCACUGCUCUGCACUGGCCUACAUGCUACAGAUAUCAGAGAAUGAUCUGGAAAUAUUGGACUUGAAGAGUUACAACACAUCAGAGGAAGGCAGAAGGAGGCUGAUACCAGCAGUAAGGAUCAGCAAAAAGGCAAUACUAGCAGACUGCAAAGUGACUCCAGAGUGGCUUGGACACCUGGCCUUUGGUCUCAAGUUCCCCUAUUCGUCUCUAAGAGAUCUGGACCUGAGCAACAAUGACCUGAAAGAUUCAGGAGUGAAGCUGGUCUGUGAUGGACUAUCGAGUCAGUGUUGCAGACUGGGGAGACUGAGUUUGUCAGGUUGUCUGGUCACAGAGAAAGGCUGUGGUUUUCUGGCCUCAGCUUUGAGAUCCAACCCCUCCCAUCUGAUAGAGCUGGACCUGAGCUACAACAAUCUAGGAGACUCUGGAGCGGAGCUUCUCUUCAACCUGAAGAACGAUCCACAAUUCAAGCUCGACAUAUUCAAUUUUGAGCAUGGUGGAAGUCACCGGAUGAUACCAGGACUGAAGAAAUAUGCCUGUGAGCUCACUUUGGACCCCAACACAGUCCACAAGAACCUCCAUCUCUCUGAGGGGAACAGAAAGGUGACCUGGGUGGAAGCAGAGCAGUCAUAUCCCCGUCACUCAGAGAGGUUUGAUCAGUGCCCACAAGUGCUGUGUGAGCAGGGUUUAGAUGGGCGCUACUACUGGGAGGUUGAUGUGUUGGAGCCCUUUAAUAUUGGGGUAACGUACAGAAGCAUUGGCAGGAAAGGGGAUGUGAAUGAUUGCAAGCUGGGCAGAAACAACAAGUCUUGGAGUCUGAUUUGCUCUGAUGAUGGUUGUUUUGUCCUGCAUGGUGACGAGAAUCUCAGUGUGGCUUCCCUCUGCUCACGCUCCAGUCGGGUGGGAGUGUAUCUGGAUUGGCCGGCUGGCACUCUGUCCUUCUACAGAGUUUCCUCUGAUAGUCGGAUUCACCUCUAUACCUUCAAGGACAUAACAUUCAAUGGACCCCUGUAUCCCGCUGUUGAACUGUUGAACACUCAUUCCUCUGCAUCAUUUUCUCAGGUAAGAUAACCAAACUCUGAGCAACAAAGUAUGUAGAUUUGCAACCAGAUGGUCAGGACAUGUCCUAUGCAAUCAAGGGACUUCUAUUGAAUUGUUCUCACCAAUAUAUUUUUAAUAAUCUAGACUUGUGUCAUUUUAGGAUUUACUGCUGCUGUCUUUAAGUAUCAGGUCUAUGGGAAAGUACACCAACUCUCUGAAAAACCCCUAGAACUUCUUGCUGUGAGGUGACAGUGCUGACAUGUUAUUUGGAAAAGUGACUCCUUGUUUAUUACUCAAUUCGAAAAUAAUAUGCUCUGUUUCAUUCAAGCUUUAUGAAACACUUUGCUUGGUUCAUUUCAUUCAUGAUUUUGAUGUAAAGUUAUGUGAAUAGAAUAGUUAUGUGUAUUUUUUUAGUCUGUACAUUUUAUAUUUUUUACCAAUUGACAACCUAAACUUUAAAGUACUUUAGAGUACAAUAUCAGCACCCGCUGGUGCUCUGGUGGUGUGUAAACAAUAAUGUUAACAAUACAGCUGGUAGAGAUGAUAAAAAAACAGACUGGAUUCAUCUGAAGCAUCCACACACUCACCAGUAACCUUACCACAUACAGCAACACAGCUGCUCUAUUGUUCUUGUAUUUGUAUUGUAUUAGUUGUUGUAUUGUUUCAAAACCUGUCAACUUGUAUUUGUUAAACACAUAAUCACUAUACAUAUCUAGAGUAUGGUUAUCAUUCAGUAGAAACUAAUGUUGUACAGUAUAGAGCAAGACUAUUUGAGCUGAAUGCUAAUGUCAGAGUGAUAAUGUGCCUGUAAUGACAGUGCUAACAUGCUAUUUUACAAUGUUUACUAUUUUUUAUUACGCUAACAUUUUACAUGCUAAUUAGCACCAAACAAAAGGUACAGAUGACGCAAAUGUCAUGACAAUCUAUUGAUAUAGUUGUUAAGAUCUUUUAUAUAUAAAUAUGUGUGCAUAAUCUAACAUGGUUUUAAUCAGAUUAAACAUCAUCUAGUUAGCAAUUAUCAGCAGCUUUAAUAGAAAUGCAUUGUCAUGAGCAUUUGGUGUCAGCUGAACUGCGUUAGCUUUGACAUUGUACAGCAGCAACAUCUAUUGCGUGCAUUAGUGUUUCUGUAGGUUUUACUUUUGUAGAAGAUUGUGUUAAAGCAACAUAAUGUAGCUUUGCUGAACAACAGCAAAGAUUACACAGAGUUAGAGUUACACAGAGCAACAGAGGGGGAACGACAGAGGCUCCAUUCACCUUAUUAAGACGGUGAACCAUCACAGUGAUUCUGAAGCUGAUGUUUCAAGGUAAAAUUGUUACAUAAUGUUGCUUUAAUGCUUAAAGUGAAAAAAACAUAUGGUCUAAGAUUUCAUUUUCUUUUUGGUUCACCGAUUUUAUUAACUGCAUUUAUUUUUUGACACUUUUACUCUCAUAGCUACUAUUACUGUUUACUAUCCAUUACUGUUGUAUCUGUAAAUAUUUUACCUUCCUGCUUAUGUGCCGUAUAUAAGAAAAUGACUGAUUGUUUGAUAUAAUCUGUAUUUUAAUCUGAACUUUAAAUGAAAAUGACGAUGAUGUUUUCUGACUGAUGCACCAAUGACUUUCACAUUAGCCUCACAAAGGCAGCCCAAAAUUAAUAAGUGGUGUAAGCAUUUGUUGUAAACAUCUAUUAAGAUUAAAAUACAAGAAAAUACAA